UUGUUGCAUUCAUUGUUUCGAAAAAAGGAAUUGCUUUCGCUUUUUUUCUCUAUAGAAAUUUGUUCAAACUUCUCCAAUUUUCAAAAAUUUCAUUUCAGUUUUAAGUGUUUGAAGAAAAGGAAAAACAGAUUCAAACAAAGGUGAACGUGAAACUAUUGUUAAGUAAGGUCUACCUAAUUUACUGUUGAAAUUACCUCUCUGUUUCGCAAAAACAGGGGAUACAAAAGGUUUAUGAUGUCGAUGAACAACAAGAAACGAUGAUGGAUUCAAACAAGCGCCCAAGGAUAGAGAAUUAUAGAUCUAGGGUGGUAGUGCCGGAUAACGUUUUGACAGAAGGGAAUGAGCUAUGUGGCUUAGCCUUCGAUGAGCUUGGUCUUCUAAAAUGGAUUCAGCUUGCUAAGGCAAAUGGCACCGGAGGACAAGCUUCAACUUUAUCAGAUGAUGGGAAGUUCCAAAAUGCCGCUCCUCCAGAGCUGGUUGAAGAACAAAAGGGUGAGGUAGAUAAGCUUCAAAGAAGGGUUAGUGAAUUGGAGAAACAGGUUGAAAAUAAAGCUGAAUUAGAAAUUGAACUAGAGAUAUUGAAAGAAAAAAUAGAUGAAUUAAAGAACUCGUUGGAUGAGAAAACAGGAUGUAUUGAGAGUUUGGAAGAUCUUAACCAAAUUUUAAUUGUCAAAGAACGUCAGCUCAAUGAUGAGUUACAAGAAGCUCGUAAAGAACUAAUUCAGGAAAUUGGAGAAAGUUUAAAUUCUCGGAGUUUCAUUGGGAUUAAGAGAAUGGGAGAGUUAGAUUCUAAAUCGUUUCGUGAUGCAUUAAAAGACAUUAUUUGUGGCUCAUCUUCAAUGGAUCAAGUUUCCGAUGGGUCUGUCCUACGUUGCAGCUUUUGGGAGGAAAAGCUCAGAGACCCCCUUUGGCAUCCAUUUAAAGUUACCCUUGUUGAUGGCAAACAUCAGGAGUCGAUCGACGAGGAGGAUAAACUUUUGAAGGGUUUGAAGAAUGAACGUGGGGGGGAAGCAUAUUUGGCAGUUGCUAAUGCACUUAUGGAGCUCAAUGCGUACAACCCAAGUGGUCGGUAUCCAGUUCAAGAACUUUGGAACUUUAACGAGAACAGGAGAGCUACUGCAAAGGAAGGAGUUGCGGCACUUGCUUAUCACUUGAGAAAGAAUCAUCCUAAUAACAGUACUACUACUGAAGGAAAUUUGAGAAAUGCGGAAAGAAAAGCCUAGGCGCAUAAAGUCUCCCGAUUACAAUAACACUCUUUUGCCUCUCUGUUCUCCUUCUUUUUUCGGGUACAUUGAGUCUCUCAGUUUGCUAGUUUUUGUUUCGUAUUGAGGUAUUGGGGUUUGAUAUUA